UCUCCGCCUUUAUUCCCCCUCCUCCCCCGCUCCUUCCCUCCCCUCCACCACCUAUCCGCCGCCUCCCCCCACCCUCCACAAACCCACGCAGCUCCAGCGGCGCAGGCGCAUCCCAGCUCACCGGCGGAGAUGGGCGGCCCAGGCCUCUACUCCGGGAUCGGCAAGAAGGCCAAGGAUCUGCUGUACAGGGACUACCAGACCGACCACAAAUUCACCCUUACCACCUACACCGCCAAUGGCGCCGCAAUUACUGCUACCAGUACAAAGAAGGCUGAUCUUAUACUCGGUGAGAUCCAAUCACAGAUCAAGAACAAAAACAUCACUGUAGAUGUGAAGGCCAACUCAGCAUCGAAUGUCAUUACUACAAUUACUGCUGACGAUCUUGCAGCACCAGGGCUGAAGACCAUCUUGAGCUUUGCUGUUCCUGAUCAGAAAUCUGGAAAGGUUGAGCUCCAGUACUUGCAUGAUUAUGCUGGUAUUAAUGCAAGCAUUGGCUUGACUGCCAAUCCUGUAGUCAACCUCUCCGGCGCGUUCGGAACUAGUGCUCUAGCUGUUGGUGCUGACGUGUCGCUUGAUACAGCCACCAAGAAUUUCACCAAAUACAAUGCUGCACUUAGCUACACUAACCAGGAUCUUAUUGCAUCCCUGAACCUGAACAACAAGGGAGACAGCCUGACCGCAUCCUAUUACCACAUUGUGGAGAAAUCCGGCACAGCUGUCGGGGCAGAGCUGACCCACAGCUUCUUGAGCAACGAGAACAGCCUCACCUUCGGCACCCAGCAUACCCUGGACCCGCUCACCCUUGUGAAGGCCCGCAUCAACAACUCUGGCAAGGCCAGCGCGCUGAUCCAGCACGAGUUCAGGCCAAAGUCGCUGUGCACCAUCUCGGCGGAGGUGGACACCAAGGCCAUCGAGAAGAGCUCGAAGGUCGGAAUCGCGAUUGCUCUCAAGCCUUAAUGGCGAAGUCAAGCCCCUCUUCUCUAAGCUCUCAGGGGUGUUCCUCGGUUUCGGAUGAAAUCGGGGCGGGUUGACAAUACUUCACACGCCUUGGGCGCGUUGUUGCAGUCUGUUAGAUUUGAAGAACUGCCGUGUUUCAUUCCUGAGGAAUUUUGUCUUUGCUCGGUGUAGUGCCUGUCCGUUGAGCCACACUUCUCAGUAAUAAUUCAAGCUUUGAAAAUUCUGAACUUGAUUCAGCAUUCAUUCA